AGCGAGUGCGACGCGUGCGCCGGUUACAGCGUGGCCACUGACCGGCGCAGAAACACGAGCGCGUACGGUGCGACACGACUGCGAACACAACAGUGCGAUCACCAGCACGGAGACGGGAAAAAAUACCAGUUAUCCAAGAUGUCUUUGGUAAAGUCGGUACAUUUUGCCGUGAUCACAGUAAUCUUGCUGGUGGAUACGGGUUAUUCAGCGCCACCCGCUUUCAAAUUGUGCGGCAGACAACUUGUGGAGACCAUGGAAGGUCUCUGCAAAGAGUACAAUAGCCCUCCUUGGGACGUACCCACAGUAAUUGAACAGCCUACAGGCGCAGUCAGACGGAAAAGGCAAAUGGGCAUUGCGGAUCGAUGUUGUGUCUCGUCUUGUCGGGCAACUGAACUUUUACAAUACUGCUCCGUAAUAAAAUUAGAGACACCACUGGAGCUGACAGACGAGCACUUGAUCGAGGAUCGCUCCGCGGAGGCUUCGAGUGGCGUGCCAGCAGCAGUGGUAGCGAAGGAGUCAUCAGAGCGGCGCUCGGUACGAGGUCGCAGUCGCGGAAACUCGAAAGGAAUGCCGCGCGCGCUGCCCCCGUGGUAGGCACCGUCUCGCCCCUACUGACCUGGGGAAGAACUUUAAACACUGAUUUACCGUCAGCAGAAAGAGACCGCUAUGCAUAUAUUGCGGUGUAUUCGUAAAAGAUUCGAACAAUAAUGUUACUUUUUGAUGACUACGGCCCCUAGUCUGGUAGACACGACCGAUCAGUAUAAUUAGCUAGAAAAUUGUAGAUAAAUACAACAAUAAGUAGCCAAUGAAUUAGGAUCAAGAUUACAUCAAUACCUAAACAAGGGGAAAAAACUGUUUUGUUCCAUUCUACGUAAUUAAAUUUUUUUAUCCGUUACAUGUAAUGACGUAAUUUUCGUUGCUAUCUAUGGUCUCAUUCAGGAUACUUUUUCACCACAUAAUAAAAUCACCUUAAAAAUAAUCGAUAAUGAGGUUUGACACUUCUUUGCCUCUUGUGGUCAACAUCCACUACACCAUACAUAUAACAAUAAAUGAUGUAAUAUCUUUGUAAUAGCAGACUUGGGGCCUAUACUUGUAUUAUCAAUGCCAUAAUAAGUCUAUCUCUGAAACUUUCAGCAAACUAGGUUAUUAGAUAAUAACGUGUGCAUGUAGUACGUAGAAAAAUCUAGGAUUUAUAAGUUAUUGUAGCUUGAAAACAAGUUCCUUCCUAGAAAUGUGUUCAAGUAUUAAAUAAUCUAAAAUUUAAGAUAAUCAAAUUAUGAUAAUCCUGAUAGUAAACUGCGAACUAGACUAACUCUCUGUUUUGAUGUUAUAUGGUAUACCAUAUGGCUAUUAUCCAGUUCUUACAUUCAGAUUUCGCACAGUAACUAGCACUAUCUUAGGUGGGGGAAAAAUAGACAGUAGAUAUACAUCUAUUUGGGCACUAUAAACGACAGUAAUAGUAAAGAAAAUAUUACUUUUAUUUAAUUUUUGUUCAAUCUGGCAAACUCAACUAUGUUUAGUCUAGUUCAGUAAAAUCAGAUAGAUUAUAUUGUACUUUUGAAAUGUUCAUUAGAUAGGCGAUUUACGUACAUAAAAACAUGCCACACGCUCAUAAUAUAAGAAUAAUAAUGUAAAUAUUCAUAAAUGCAUUGUAAUAACUCUAAAACUAUGUAACACCUACCACAUAAGAUUCAAAGAUCUCUUAAGCAUCUGUGAUAAUCCAAUUGAUAAAGUAAUUCAUUAACUUAUGAACUUUUAGUAAUAUCAUGUUUUUAGAUUAACAUGUCUCUGUGUUUGCGACGCAUGUCCGGGUAAAAUGAUAUGUAUAUUUGAGGUGACUGAUUAAACAAAUUCUGUUUUUAAAUAAAUUUUUUUUCUUCCCAGUUCAAAUCAAAUAAAAUUUUAAAAAUUG